UCUCUAAAACUUUCCCGGGGCAGUGGAGCAGGCCAAGAAGGAGGCAGCUGAGAAGGAACAGGAGCUGCUAAGACAGAAACUACAGGAGCAGGAGCAGCAGAUGGAGGCGCAAAAGAGGAGUCUCCAGGAAAACAUAGCUCAAUUGGAAAAGAAGCUGGUGUGGGAAAGAGAAAUCCUAAUGAGACAGUAUAAUAUGAUGCUGGAGCAUAAACUGAAGGUCCAAAGAGAUCUCCUUAAUGAAGGAUUUAGGAAGAAAGCUGAAGAGAUGAGCGCAGAGAUAGAUUGCUUGAAAAAUGUGAUUGAUACUGCUAAAAGUGAUAAUACUGCCUGGAUUGCAGCAAUCUUGGGCAAAUUUGGCAAUGAGAUCAUUUCACUAUCUUCUGCUCCUGCCAAACUUCUUGGUAAUCUUUUGAAAGUCACGAGCUUACUAUUUAAAAAGAAUUAGCUUUCCUUUUAAAGAAAUUAUAGAAUGUGG